GUGCACGCAAGCAGCGGACCGCGACCGCAUGCGCGGGCGACUGCACAGUAUAGUAUGGACUGCAUGUGAGGAAGCUGUAUGUGCCAUGCUGACGGUGGGUAAGUCCGUGUCGCUUGUGCAGCAGAAAAAACAGCAGUGGGCGCAGGAGAGAGCGGAGAUGUCGAAUCUGUAUCUACCUUGGGGUUCCGGGGAGAGAUACAAAAACCGCCUGAACGUGCGGAACCAGUUCGCCAGUUCGCUGGAGUUGCAUCAGACGUACGAAUACCAGGAGCCGUUGAGACGGCACAGAAGUCCGAGCCUGCCGCCUAUUUACAAUAUUGAUCACGGACGAGCGGUGCUUGAGAAUACUCAACGGAAAGACAGCUACAAUAGAAACGUUUCGAGCGUCCAAAGAUUUUCGUUCUACGAUGAGGAUGCGGAAGGUGAUACGUCGGGCUACGGCAGUGAGACGGUCAACCACAAGAACUGCAGGAAGUUCUACAGCAACCCCAACCAGAGUGACGUCGUUGUGGCCUGGCAGGAGGAAAAGGAUGGGAGGAAGAGGUCAACUGCUGAAGGCGCGUUGUCGGCGCGUUCUGGGGAGGAAGGGCGGCCGCGGUGGGGGGACAGGGGGGUGGCUACCGGCCGACUGUGGGAGCCCACCGCGCCUAAUGAGCGAUUGCCACAGAUGCAAAACCAUAAAAAAGGUACUCCAUCCUGGGUGGAGAGAGGACUGAACAAUAUUAUGGAUAACACCUCUGACGUCGUUUUCGACCCGAGGGGUUCUAACUCAGGGUUGGACUGCGAUCGAUCCUCGUACAACGGCAGUGAUGAAGGAAGGACCUUUCUAAGAGGACAAAAUGUUCCUAUCGAACCAGAAGUAAAAGCGCAAAGAGAAAAUAAACGUAUUAAGGCACUAGAAUUGCAGUCGGCGAUAUUGGGUCAAUUGGAGGAGCAAGAGAAACGAAGGGAAGAAGAAAGACUGAGAAAAUUGAAAGAAGAACGCUUAGAAGAACUAAGAAUACAGAGACAGCAGGAGGAGGACAGGAUCCGUCUCGAAGAAGAAAAGAGGAAGACCCUCGAAAAGCAGUCGUUAGAGCAACGCAAGCUGGACACUUUAAAGAAGGCAUUAGAAGAAGCCGAGAGAAGAGCGAAACAGGAGAAAGAAAAGAGGUUCAAUUGUCUCAGAAGAAAUGCUGACACAAAUCUCUCGAAUGAAAACAUAUUAGCUACGAACGACAACGAUAACGAGACUAGACUUUCGAGUCCUAGCAAAACACUGAGUCCAACAAAAUCUAAUAGAACCUACAACGUGCCAACUACUGCCACAAGUCAUAACAAAGAAAACAACUCACAUCAAACUAGCGCAUUCAACUCACCACGAUCUAUAGCACCGAGUAGUUUAAACUUAUAUAUUCACAAUAUACAACCCCUAGCUCUAGCAGACAAGCAAAUCAAUAUCCUACCAAUAGGCAUCACAGGGAACGGAGAAAUAGUUAAUACUCAAAAUCCAAAUAACAUUCAGUUAGCUGUACUACUGCCGCAGAAUAUAAAGCAACCUGAAUGCUGUAGUGUUAGCUUAAAUUCCUAUGAUAUUAACGAAAAUAAUGGUACUGAGAGAAUACUAACUCCUAGAAAAUAUCGUAGCGGGCGACUCAAAGAUGCUUCAACACAAACAGAUGAAUCUAGUACUUGCAAUAAGCUACAAAAUGAGGAGACUGAAAAAAUGUAUAGAGAUUACGCUACUAUAGAUGAAAAUGCUCCCGAUGAUCAUAGAAACACAUUGAAAAGAGACCGGCGACGGUCCGAAGAGAGAUAUAAGAAAGAAAUCGAAAAUAGACCAAAAUGGGGUGCUAACAAACCGAUAGCUCAGUACAAGAAGCAAAGCGAGAAGGACCCAUUUUACGUUCAGAAACGAAAGAUGCGACAAAAGUAUCGACCGCAGCCUCGACAGUAUUCACAGUCGAGUGAUGACAGUCGGUCUCCGAGCCCGCCUUUAGAGCAUGAUAAAUUUCAGCAUCACAAUAAACCACGGAACUCAAUAAGUCAAUUCUUCUGGAGGACAAAACGACACAGCCAAGACGUCACUCCACUGAAUCCAAACGAACCUCUCAGUAACUCUCUAGAUAUAAACGCGCUGUCUCAAAAUGAGAAGAAAUCCCCAAAAAUAUCAUUGUCCAAGCGACUGACGCUUUCUCAGAAGUUUAUCAACGAUAAAUACGGUAGUAGAAAGCUAUGGAGCGACGACAAUGACAAAAAAUACUUGUCCGAUAUCGAUAAGAAAAUAGAAAGAAAUGUGACCAACAAAAAAGACAAUAGCAAUAGUGAGAUAAUCUCAGAUCAGAGUAAAUAUUAUAAGACUAAGUUAUAGAGCAAAAUAAAUUUAGAGCAAUGUAAAUUUAUUGC